AUGGGUGGCUCUGUGGACCCUAAGAACGGACACUUCAUCGGCAACUGGGGUGAAUUCGGUUGCCCGACCCCCCAGCGCAUCGCCACCUACUCGCUGUCCGCCAACCGUCAGAAGCCUUUCGCCGGUGCUGGCCAUGCUGCUAUCUUCAACGUCUUCCGUCGGUUCCGUCACCAGGUUCUCUACGUUGUCCCCCCUUCGUUGCCGCAUACGCUCAACGAGUACCUGAACUCCAAGCCCGGUCGUCUUCUCGAGGGUGGUAACGAAGAGUAA